CACUCACACAAUCACAGCACAAAGUGUCACGUAAGUCACGAUGGACUACCUCAUCCGCUACAGACAGAUGCAUGAAACCUUUCGACAGCCGGAGACAGAGGCACUGGCAGAGCUCAACGGUUUCACCAUAGAUUGGAUCUCGUACUCAAACGACUCUCCAUUCGCGAUUGUCCGUUUUCCAGACAACAUCGACCCGUUGAUUGCAGCUCAAGCACUUACAUCCCGCUCAAUACUUAUCUGGAGUGUGCACGAACUAUGGGGCGAUGGCAAAGACUACUCGUCACUUCACACUGAUAUUCGAACAAGAACCUCGCAUCUAUGGUCUUCAUAUCGAACACCUUCUUUCCGUUUUGUUUGUGAUAGCCACCGCCACAGUCGUCCGACGUCCGAACAACGAGCCACUUUUGAGGCCCUCGAUUACCUAGACUUCCAAGGCCCCAUCAGGAUGAAAGAUCCUGACCACCUGUUCACGAUCUUCGAGGAUUACGAUUUGCACCAAAAGGUUCCCAAGCGUGUCUGCUUUGGCAGAAUGCUUGCCGAGAGCAAUGGCAAAGCGGUCAUCAAAUACAAUCUCAAAAAGCGGAAGUAUAUUGCAACUACAUCCAUGGAUGCGGAAUUGUCCCUUAUUACUGCUAACAUUGCUCUCUGCCGUCCCGGAACUCUCGCAUAUGAUCCGUUCAUGGGCACAGGCUCUUUUCCUCUGGCAGCGGCACAUUUCGGCUCGACUGUUUUCGGUUCUGAUUUUGACGGGAGAAGUAUUCGAGGGAAGAAAGGCCGGAAUGUUGCAGGCAACUUUGAGCAAUAUGGUACUUCUGCCCACUAUCUCGAUGGUUUUGCAGCGGAUCUAACGCACACGCCUUUGCGGAAGCAAAGAGUGCUGAAUGCAAUCAUUUGCGAUCCUCCAUAUGGUGUGAGAGAAGGACUGAAAGUGCUGGGUUCGACACGGGACUACCUCCAGCAGGAAGUCGUUCUCCGGGAUGGCACUUUGGCACAUCUCAGAGAGGAUUACAUCCCCCCAAGAAAACCUUACAGCUUUCUGAGGAUGCUCGAUGACAUCCUAGAUUUCAGUAGCGAGAUGUUGGUCGAUGGCGGCAGACUCAGCAUGUGGAUGCCUGUUGCCGGGUCCAGCGAAGAAGAAGUCAACGAAGCUGGAGCUCAAAUCGACGCCCCGGUGGAAGAGUACGCAACGCCGCAACACCCUUCGCUCCAGCUUGUGAGCCAAUGCAGACAAGACUUCAACAAGUGGUCACGACGUUUGCUUACCUAUAAACGGUUCGAGGAUGCGAGUGUCGACGCUCAAGCCGCAGCCGCGUACCAAAUGCAGAGACUGAAAAUACAAGCGGCCGAUGCUGAUGGCACGGCUGACGACCUCAAUGGUUUCCGGAGAAAGUACUUCCAAGGCUUUCGAGAACCCGUCAAGACAUGAUCACCAGCAACACCUCAUCGCAUGGCUCACCAGCUCGAUCGUGAAGAGUUUCACCCUUGUGGCUUCUUCACGAUCGCGGUCUUCAGAGCAAUAGCCACCUGACGAACGAAGCAAUCUUGCCACCAAGAUCGAGCCACCUCGAAGUCCGUUUGUUACCGCUGUCUCGUGUCGAGGCCCUGUGGUAGCCUUCUUCAGCCUUCUCCUGUGCCUCACUUACGACUACGAACCUUGUAGCCAUAUGUGCCUUGGCAUAAUGGACCCCGUGAG